AGAUUGUGAAGAGAGAGCGUUUGUCCCUCAAGUUAAGCCUAAACACCAGUUGAAAAUGUAAUUGUCAAGGGAUUCAGAAAAACAAACCUUUUCUCUUAAAUUUAGUGGAGAGAGUGGGAUAUCUCUUGUUUUGGCUGGCAUAUCUACGGCCUAAACAAUUGGCUUAAACCUUGUUUGGGAUUCCUGCUUGUUUUAGCAUGGCGGAGCUUGGAGUUCACAGAACCCUCCUUUUGGUAAUUUCUCUGAUAAAGUGUCUGGAGGGCACAAAACUGCUGGCAGAUUUUAAAAAAUGUGGUGACUUGGAGUGUGAAACUUUAAUAAGCAGAGUCUUAGCCACGAGAGAUUAUAGAGGACCUGACUGCCGAUUCCUGAACUUCAAUAAGGGAGAAGAGAUAUCUGUUUAUGUUAAACUUGCAGGAGAAAGGGAAGAUUUGUGGGCAGGAAGUAAAGGAAAGGACUUUGGAUAUUUUCCCAGAGAUGCAGUCCAGAUUGAAGAGGUGUUCAUAUCUGAUGAAGUUCAGAUAUCAACUAAAGAAUCUGAUUUUCUUUGUCUUCUUGGAGUAAGUUACACAUUUGAAAAUGAAGACAGUGAAUUAAACAGUGAUGAUGGCAAAAAUAUAUGUCCAUAUGAAGAAGAUAAAGACCAAAAAUCUAGUGUAUAUGAAAGUGAUUUUCAGACAGAAUCUGGAUUUUAUUCAACUUCUGAAAGUACUUUGUUUGAAGAGCAGUUUCCAGUAUCGGAAGCUCCUGAAGAUAUCAGAAGUACUAGUGAAUCAAAAGAGUGGGAAGGAGUGGAAGCUGGAAGUAUGGAAGAGGAUUAUGUUCCAGAAGCGGAUCACAUCCCACCAUCCUCGCCUGAAGUGAAAGGAUGGUUUGGAUUUGGAAGGGAACUAGCUGAAGGAAAGGCUUUUGAAUCAGUUAUUGAACCUCUACAAGAAAGUUCAUUUCAAAGUAGAAAAAUAGCAGGAGAAGAUGAGAAUGACCUACAGGAAUUAAAUAAUGAUGAACCCCAAACAGAACAAAAGCAAGAACCUGAAUUGGAAUUCAAUUCAGUGCCAAAGAAACAGUCUGAACUAGGUUCUGAGUCAGAGAACAUUAUCAGUCCUGAAGCCACUAGUUGGUUUGGGGGUGGUUUUAAAAGUUAUUUAGGUUUUGGAGGUGAGCAUACAGGGCUUGAAUUAUUGUCCAAAGAAAGCAAUCCACCACUACAAGAUGUUCCUAAUUCCUUAUCAUCUGAGGAAGAACCCACAGUUCCAUGCACAGAAAUAUUAACAGAAAAAGAAGACACAAUCGCCAAUGAUACCUCAAUUCUCAAGCCAAGUUGGUUUGAUUUUGGUUUUGGUAUGCUAGGCUUUGUAUAUACCAAUGAAGAUAAAAUUAUAUCAGAUGAUGGAAAAAGUGAAGAAGGAGGUGGAGGAGAUAAACAUGAACAUCUUCUAACAAGUAAAUUUGACCCUGAUAAGGAACAAGAAAUAAAAACAAUAGAAAUUAUGGAAACUGAAGAGCAAGUAGGAAAGGAAAGAGUCCUAGAGAAAACAGAUGAUUCUGAUACCUUACUAUAUUUUAAAAAGUUUUUAUAUAAUUGGAACUUCCAGGACAUUCCAAAGGAAACAGAAUUGCAAUUUUCCAAACAGAUACAGGAUGAAAAUAAUGUAAUUGAAAAUGAUGAAACAGAAGAAUUUCCAGCUGAAAAUUAUCACACAGAUAAUAUGGAAGUUAUGAUGCUGAAAAGCAGAGCCAGUCCGUCAGAUAUGGCUCCUAAAAUAGAGUCACCCAGGAGAAUUCAUAAAGAAGUACAUUUCAAAACUCCAUCUUCUAAAAAUAAUGAUGAAAAAUCAAAAACAUCACUAGGUACUGAAGGAUCUACUCAGGCGGAAAUAGACAGAUCUGUGGAAAAUACCCUGCCAAAUAGUCAAACAGUUUCAAAUGAUUACUUUUUGUCUUCUCAAGAAGGUAAAAAAAAAAAAGAUGCUUCUGAGUAUCAGAUUCUGAAAUAUUUAUUUCAAAUUGACAUUUGUGAUUUCAUGAAUUCUGCAUUUUCAUCAAUUAUAGUUCUUACAGAAAGGGUAAGUUGACCUUUUAAAUCUUUUGCAAUAAUUUUACCUACUUUUCUAAAUAUAGGAAUAGUUGAAAAUGAUGUUUGA